CUGGAGCUGAGUCUGCCCGCUUGUUCACCAGCAGCAGCCUGCAGAAGCAGCGAUUGGGACCGGCGUGUGAUCGCUGCCCGGCGAGCAUAGAUGUGCAAAACCCCUGGAUUAUCUGCGCGCUGGAGCCAUUACCGACCACCGUGGAGGACUGUCUUUAUCUAACCGUCAAAAGGGAAAGAGCCUCGGGGACAGCAUGGCGGUAGAAGAAGAAGGUCUCCGGGUUUUCCAGAGCGUUAAAAUAAAAAUAGGAGAAGCAAAAAACAUCCCUCCGUACCCUGGACCAAACAGGAUGAGAGACUGCUACUGCACCGUCAACCUGGACCAAGAAGAGGUGUUCAGGACCAAGAUCAUAGAGAAGUCCCUUUGCCCAUUCUACGGCGAGGACUUUUACUGUGAGAUCCCGCGCAGCUUCAGACACCUCUCCUUCUACAUCUUCGACAGGGAUGUCUUCAGGAGGGACUCCAGUAUCGGCAAGGUAGCAGUGAAGAAAGAGGACCUGCAGAAAUAUCAUGGCAAAGACACCUGGUUCCAGCUCCAACCUGUCAGCGCUGACUCAGAAGUGCAGGGAAAAGUACACUUGGAGCUGCGUCUGAGUGAAGUCAUCACUGACACUGGAGCCAUCAACCAUAAACUAGCCACACGAGUGUUGGAGUGCCAAGGUCUUCCUAUCGUUAACGGCCAAUGUGAUCCGUACGCUGCUGUGUCCUUACUCGGCCCUUCAAGGUCGGAAGCCAAGAAGACGAAAGUGAAGAGGAAAACCAACAACCCACAGUUUGACGAGGUUUUCUAUUUUGAGGUGACACGGCCAUUAAGCUACACAAAGCGUCAAUUUGAUGUAGAAGAAGAGGAUGUUGACAAGUUGGCACUAAGGGUGGAUCUGUGGAACGCCAGCAACCUGAAGUUCGGGGAUGAGUUCCUGGGGGGGGUGCGAGUUCCUCUGCGCGCGCUGGGCCAGGCUGGGGUCCACGACGCGUGGUACUUUCUUCAGCCCAGGGAGAACGGAGGGAAGUCGGUGAAGGUGGAAGAGCUUGGCUCUCUGCGUCUGAACAUCGUUUACACCGAGGACCACGUGUUCCCCUCCGAACACUACACCCCCCUCAGAGAUCUGCUGCUGCACUCCGCUAAUGUACAGCCUGUAUCGUCGUCCACAGCUCACACUCUGGGGGAGGUGUGUCGAGAGAAACAAGAAGCCGCCAUUCCCCUCGUGCGUCUGUUUCUUCACUACGGCAAGAUUGUGCCUUUCAUCAGCGCCAUCGCUCACGCUGAAGUCAACCGCACACAGGAUCCUAACACAAUUUUCCGGGGAAACUCGUUGACAUCCAAGUGCAUUGAUGAGACCAUGAAGCUGGCAGGAAUGCAUUAUCUGCAAGUCACGCUCAGACCAAUCAUAGACGAGAUCUGCGCAGAACACAAACCCUGUGAAAUCGACCCGGUCAAGCUCAAAGAGUCGGAGAACCUGGAUACUAACAGGGAAAAUCUUCGCCACUAUGUGGACCGUAUCUUCAACGUUAUCACCACAUCAGGCGUUCGCUGUCCCACUGUCAUGUGUGAUAUCUUCUUCUCUUUGAGAGAGUCCGCUGCCACCCGUUUCCAAGUUGACCAAGAUGUCCGAUACACAGCAGUAAGCAGUUUUAUUUUCCUGCGUUUCUUCGCUCCGGCCAUCCUCUCCCCCAACUUGUUCCAUCUACGGCCGCACCAUCCAGAUCCCGCCACCUCUCGAACCCUAACCCUCAUCUCCAAGACGAUCCAGACCCUGGGAAGUCUUGCCAAGUCUAAAUCUGCCAAUUUCAAAGAGUCUUACAUGGCCGCAUUUUACGAGUACUUCAAUGAGCAGAAAUAUGCGGACGCUGUGAAGAAUUUCCUGGACCUGAUCUCCACCUCUGGCAAAUGGGAUCAGAAGAGUAUUGAGACUCCAAUCAUGCUCAAAGAGGGAUUUAUGAUAAAGAGGGCACAAGGGAGGAACCGGUUCGGAAUGAAGAACUUCAAGAAGAGAUGGUUUCGCCUCACCAACCACGAGUUUACCUACCACAAGACGAAAGGUGAGGGCGCUCUGUGCAGCAUUCCCAUAGAGAACAUUCUGGCUGUAGAGAGGCUCGAGGAGGAGUCUUUCAAGAUGAAAAAUAUGUUCCAGGUUAUUCAGCCAGAACGAGCGCUCUACAUCCAGGCCAACAAUUGCGUAGAAGCACGAGACUGGAUCGACAUCCUGACCAAAGUCAGCCAGUGUAACCGCAAACGCCUGAGCACCUACCAUCCUUCAGCCUACCUCAACGGCCACUGGCUCUGUUGCAAGCUGUCUGCAGACACAGCGCCCGGGUGUACGCCCUGCACCGGAGGCCUUCCAGCAAACAUCCAGCUGGACGUAGAUGGAGACAGGGAGACGGAGAGGAUUUACUCCCUAUUCAGCACAUACAUGACCAAACUGAUCAAGAUGCAAGAGGCCUGCGGCAGUAAGUCUGUGUACGACGGGCCCGAACUGGAGGAGUACUCCACCUUUGUCAUCGAUGACCCCCAGGAGACAUACAAAACUCUGAAACUGAUUGUUUCAGCCGUGCAGACGUUGGAGCAGCAGCACACCAAGUACAAACGCGACAAGUUCAAGAAGACAAAGAUAGGAAGCCAGGAGCAUCCGAUUGGAGACAAGAGUUUUCAGUGCUACAUCCGCCAGCAGUCCGAGAGCUCCACCUACUCCAUCUAGCCCUGCGCACUGUUUUUAUGAUGCCCAGAACCAGCAUAUUUUUCUUCACUGCAAAACAUCUUAACAAUGCUCCUUGUCAAGUAUUCAGUUUUAAAACUUAACGUUUCCUUAAAAUAAGGUUUUAAUUAACGUGAGAUCAUUUCACUUAUUUCCAAUGCAAUGUAUCCAAGCCUUGAAGGGCAAGAUAUCACUUUUUUAAAGACUUUUCCGGAAGCAAGUGAUGCUGUUUUGGAAACAAGUGUCAAAUGACACAUUUAUUUGAUCAGCUUUAAGGAAAGUUAUUUUUAAAAGUCAAUACCAGACUGAGGGCGCUGUGCAGAUGGACUUUGUUUUUGGCCAAUGUUUCAAGAUGCAUCACUCCAAAUCUGGAGAACAGACCUCAGAUGAGCAUGAAAAGGAAUGGGUUGUGGAGGAAAGGAGGGAUACGAUGAAGACAUAAUCAUACCCACAUAUAUUAGGGUCUCCUGUCUGUGAUCUGACGAGAGAACAAACGUUUUCACUGGACAGUUUUGGCAGUGACCAGUACGCACUUUAAUCGCCUCCAAAUCUAUGGAUGAACAAGCCUCGCAGCACACUUUCAAAAGCUUAUUUUAUCCUAUUUGUAUUUUGUUAUUUUAAUGGUUGAUAUGUUGAAAUAUUCCGUUGUAUUUCACUCCAGAAGGAAGGGAGUAAGGAAGGACUGUAAUUCUUCCCUUUUUUGAGUGGUGUUUAAUUUUUGUCCCCAUCCUCCUCAGGAAGGUUGUGAAGGUCGAGGGCACACAAGGGAUUGUUGGGACCAAGCACAGCCAAGAGCAGCAUGAUUUUGUCAAUGUUAGCAAUCACUUUUAUCUCGUAUUUUUUAUCCUCAUCAUCCAUGUGCUAACGGAAGUUAAGGGUUCACAUUUACUCGUUUCGUUUGAAGCCUUGUCAUGCUCCUGUUUAACAGUAACCUGUACCUGUACACAAAUCCAUGUAUCAUUGUUAUGUUUUUAUCCUUAAGGGUGUUAAAAUGAAGCUUCUCUUUUUUAAGUAGGACAAAAUACACUGGAUAGCUAUUAAGUUAUAAACUCCUUCUAUGACCAAAGAAAAUAGAUCAUGUCAACAUUUAGUCGUCGUUUUGGGUUGAUAUCAGGGCCAUAUUACCCACCAGAGGCUCAUGGUAAAAAUGUGUUUGCUGUGGGCCCCUGUUUACAAUCUUUGAAUUUUACAUUUGUGUAAAAGUACAAAUAUAUACUGAAAGAAAUAAUACAUAAUACACUCAGUGGCCACUUUAUUAGACACAAUAGGACAAUAAAGUAGAUAGAUCAAGUGUCUCUUUGAAAUAUUCAACCUUUACUCAGUUAAUGAUGUUACAUUUGUGUAACAUUGUCAGUGAUAAUUGUUUAUUAUAGAAGGCAGAAGUUAAUGGUGGUGUUGUUCUGGACUAGAUAUAAUUGAUGUUUCAUCAUUUGAUUUGGAAGAAAAAAAACAUCUCUGAAUACAACGCACUCCAGAACAACACCAUCACUUACUAUGACCUCAAUAAUACUCAUAUAACUUUAGUAACAUAUCCAUGAUGUUGUCACAAAGCCUGAACGUUAUAGUCAUAAUGGAAGUGGUCUUUAUGGAAGAAAAGUUAUAUUUGAUUGCUUUUAGCUAUACAUAAUAAAGUGGCCAAUGAGUGUAACACAUUUUGGAAUGAAUAACUUUAAUUUACCAGAAACGAUUUGCCACCUUGGCCAGUUGCCUGUUGGUAGCCUGAACAUGGUUAACAUGCACACAAAUUGAUGGUGGAUACAUAUAAGUGAUUUGCAGCUUCAUACAAAUACAGUGUAUUUUGCUGCUUUCAAGAGGUGCCGAUAUUUGUUCCCGAUGUCCAUUUAUUGAGCCUUGGCUACGAUAAGCAUUCAUUCAACACACAAACUGCAUGCAGACACGAUAUGUUUGCUUCACUCUGUCUUAGUAAAAUGUUCAAGCUAAACUAUCCCUUCAUCCAUCACAGAGCAUAAACCAUAUGUUUGCACAGCUCAUCAACACGGACAGCUUUUAGCUUUACUUCUAAUUAACUGAUAUACUAACUUUUUAACCAGUCUUGUCUCCAGUUAUGAUUGUGAAAUGGAUAGUGUGUUACUGGUUGUGUUGCCCUGUUGGCUGCCUAAUAAUGUUCAUUUCUGUUUAGUGAGUUAGCUCGGUCUUACUUUGGAAAAGCUGCACCCUGUAUUUGAAAGUCUAUUUAUAUGCAUUCCUCUGAGAAACUGCCUGCUGUGAAUCUUAGCGCUCAGCACCCCAACAUCUGUUGAAGGUACGGGAUUUAUCGUUGUGAACCAGUCGUGUUAUGUUCUACGCUUCCCAAAGGCAACCACUCUCUUUGGCAUUGAUAUUCAUCAGCACUCACUCUCGCCAAAACCAGUGCAUGUGAAGUAUAGUUGUAGUCACAUUGUAUGUAGCCUGCACAGUCACUUCUGUGCGACCAGGUCACUACAAACCACAACAAAUUUUGUAUUUUACACAAAAAAGUACCUGGUUCAAUAGCCUCAUGUGUGCUCUAGUGAUCACAGGAUCCUAAACAGUGCCAGUCAUCACUUUUUUUAAAUUCUCUUUUUGAAAAACAAACAAAAAAAUCAUUGUUUAGAUAUGUUUUUUUAUAAACUGAUACUGUUUUAAAAACAGUAAAGCAAUUAUUCCAAUGACAUAUUUUUCUUUGUCAAACGUGUUGAUCUCUGAACUAAAGGAAGGAAGGUUCUCAACACUUUGACUCUGUUUUCUAUCUUUGUCUUCAUACAGAAAUAUUUGCUGUGUAUCUGAACCGAAUGACUGAGAUGUGUGUGCGUUUCUGCGUAUAUAUGUGUGUUUGUGAGCGUGCAUUUGUCGGCAUGUGCAUAUGUGAGUGACAUGACGGGUUGAAUUGCCAAUUGAUUUACCCCAGUGUUACAGGUGGAGAGAGUCCCACUUCAAAACUUCUUAAAAAGAGAAAAUCACUGCCUGUAAUUAUACUGAAGAGUGUAGUACUCUGGCCUGACAUCUCCUCUUUCCUCUUGUAUAGAACCACUGUUCCAUCUCAAGGAACCUUUGCCAAUAUAUUCUCCACUCAUGUUAUGUAUGUAACACAGUUAUUCACAUUGAUGACACAUUAAGAGAGCAGCUGUAACCUCUAAACUUUGGUGAGUGUUACUAACUCUCCUCAGGUUUAUGAAACUCAGCACUGCGUGUGUUAUUUUGCGACUGAAGUAUAAGCCACCAAACAUUUCUGUCACUCAUCCCUAAUUUGGUAAUCCUAUUUAUCAUUUCUGAAAAACCUUCCCAGAAACAUCGGCUGGGGAGAGGGGGGGGGGGUUAAUGUCAGUUACAUUAACGACAAACCCUCUACCCGGAAUCCCACAAAGGAAUGACUUAUUAUGCAAUAAUGGUGUUUCAGCAUGCAAUAAUUGUAACAACCCCUCAAUAAGCCCCUCAAAUUAUGAACGCGCAUCUGCUAACCUUUUGCAGUGAAAUUCCUCAAAUAAACCUAAUAUAAGGGAGAACAGUGUAUUUUGUAAAAAUAUUUUCAAAGUAUUAAAAAAAGCCUGUUAUGUGUACAUAAAACAGUUGAAUGAAUGGUGAAAAUGUGAUGUGUUUUUUCCUGAAUAACAAAAUGAAACCAAUAUUAAUGCAAACAUGGUGUCUGUCAUUUGUCGUUCAAAUUCGAAACUAAACCACUCAAGACUUUCAUUUUGUUUUAACAAGUAUAGCUAUUUAGAUCAAAUAAGUCAGAUAACGGGCAAGAGGUUUUGAUGUUUGUGUCCAUUAUUUGGGUCCAGGUGUUGCCUUUUAUGAAUGAAUUAUUCUUAAACUUAUUCACAGAAAACAUGUUGACAUAACAGCUGAUGUACAUAGAUGUAAAUUAUAGCAUAAAUAAAUAUACAUGUUCUUGGUAUAGCUUAUUGGAACAAAUGGAUAACGGCUUUAAUAGUUUUGUUAUUGCUUCCACCUGUGGUUUUUUUCCCACCAUGAAAAGUCAAAGGCCUACAAUACAUUUGAGAAACAUGCCUCCCAAAUGAUGUGAAGCUAUUUUCCCAUGCAUGCAAUGUUGUCCAUUGGCUUUUUGUGAACUACCAUGUGCAGUGAAUCACCUGAAUUUAACUGUAAUGUAGGUCCUCUUAAAAUG